UAUGUUCUAAUUACCAUUGUCCCGAUUCUUCGUACAAUUUUUUAAAAUCUGUUUUCGUCAAAAAUUGUAAUCAAACUUCAAUAAAGUGUUCAAUUUAACAUUAAUUGCUUCGCGGCGAUCACAUGACGCAAGAAUAUUGCCUACUGGAUUAUGAAAGUUAAUGCAUUAUAGACCACGGCAGGUGUUUGGUUUCUAAUCAAGGUUAAGGCAAGCGUCGUGUGAUGUAAAGUCUAAACUUGGCUGUAAAGUUUAGCUGUAAAGUAGUCAGGACAACUGCAACAAAAAACGUAACGGUUCUUUAUCAUGUAGGAUUGACUUGCGAAUUAUUUGCCAUCUACUGCAUUUAACAAAAAAGAGAAUAUCGAAGCAAAACAAUCAAAGAAAGAUGCACGUCACCUUGGUCCUCACUCUAACCGGUCUGCAUCUUCUGCUGAAUUUUGUGAAUUCUUCCAGUGCCGAAGAAUACGUUCUCCCUUUAUCCUUAAACCCAGUCAUACAAACUCCAAUAGAACUGAGUCCAACGCUUCGUUUUUUCUACCAGAAUGAUCCUGAAUUUUUCUCCAAGGUAGCUCUUACGGAUGUUGCAGAUGACACACAGAAAGAUUUAAAAGAUCUUAUUCUAAUGAAAUUAUCAGUCGUAAUGUUCACAGUAGCGUCCUCGCAUCUUGCCAAAACCUUGGAAAAUAGCGAUCUGAAAUAUGUGAAUGGAAGCAAGUGGUCGUACAGCGUCUCUGUUGAAGACUUGAUCGCCGCUUCAGAGGGAAGUAUUGUGAAGCUAGAUGAUGCCAUGCAAUUGUACUUGGUCCAGGAACUUGGAAUGAAAUUGUUAGAAAGGCGUUUUAAUUUUAACAUGAGUGAAAUCCAAAGUCAACUUGGCCUUAGCAGGAUGGAAUUUUUAGGAGCAAAUGAAGAACAGUGGAUCAAGAUAGUUGGCAUCAUCACCGAAAUAAUGAUAAACAGAACAAGUAAAGAAUUAGGCUUUCCUCCAUGUUAUCUGCCUGAACUUCUUAAUACGACUAAAAAGAAUAUUGAAGGAUUUACUCUUAACGAAGUUGACGAGCACAUCUAUAAUAUCAGCAACCUGAGGAAUAAAGUCCCCGAGUUCAAAGAAACGGUUUUAGCAAAAACGUUUAAUGUCACUCCGGCUGAACUUGCAACUUUGAGCGGCUUAAAUAUCUCCAUGGUCAACACAAUGGAACUUCAGAAUCAAAUUAGACUACUUACCAACGACAUGCUGCAGAAAUUUCACCUUUCGAUCGAUACCAUCGCUACAAAGUAUAAAAAAUGUGGUGAUGCUGUCCUAACUCCAUGUCCCGAAGAGUGGGAAAUAUUCCAAAGAAUGAUCGUCGAGGAAGCUUUUGAGGACCAAGCAAAAAAUAUGUCAAUAACAAACAAGACCCUUUCAUUGUUGAUUCAAAUACCAUAUGGUAACAUAAGCCAUCUCUCACCGGAACAAAUGGAACAGCUCAUCAACAAUGAAAUAAAGAAGGUGAAAGAAAGAAAAAAUAUAAUCGAACAAAAAAGUUUAUUUAUACUGAUGCAUAUUGAUGGGCAAACUGACGUGAUCAAUUUAAGUGAAAAUACAUUCUCUAUCAUCCAGACAGUUACCAAUUUCUCAAAAAGCGAACUAUCCUUAAUUUAUGGCUGGGAAAACUCGCACUUCAUCUUUGCAGAAAUGUUUUCAGUUGCUGAUCUCGUUUUUUCCUGCUCACCUGAACUCUUCAAUUACACAUUGCUUAAAUUAGCUGAAAUGAGUGCUGGUGAAGACACUACUGAACUGUGCAAGACAUUAUCUGCAUUACGAGAGAUUUGGGAAAAGAAAACCAUAAAUGAGAUAGAAGAGCGAUUUGGUAAACAGCUCAGUAAUUUGACCCUGGAAAACAUGCUUCUCGCACUUACUGAAGGAAACCUCACAUUCAUUAACCGCGUCUUGAAUUCAAGCUCGAAUGCUCGAGCACUCUGUGCAAAUGUCAUCCUAGACGAUAUCUCGAUGGCAUCAUCUCUUACCACGACGCAUCUUAAGCAGAAGUCAUUUCAAUAUAUUAUUGAACUUGCUGAGGAACUAAAGACAAAUGGACUACUGUUUCAAAACGUUAAAAUGAUAAUGCCAAAUAGCUCCAGAGAACUAAAUUCAAUGCAUACUUCCAUCGAAGCACAGGUCGCAGUGACAACGAAAACAGAUAAGGAAACCAGAAUAGCAGAUCAAACGAUGUCUCGCACUUCUGUCGGUUCAGCGAAAAAUCUUCUAACAAAAAGUAUCAUUACAGAAACCAAAAUAACUAAUCAAACGAUGACUCGAACUCCUAGUGCUUUCAGUCCGACAAAAAAUCUUACAAAGGGUAUGAUUACAGAAUCCAGAAUAGCCAAUCAAACGAGGACUUCUAGUUCUGUCAGUUCAGCGAAUAAUUAUCUUUCAAAAGGUAUGGUGACGGAAACCAGAAUAACCAAUCAGACGAUGACUUUUGCUUCUGGCAGUUCAGCAAAUAAUUUUCAUUCGAAAAGUGUGAUUAUGGCAACCAGAAUAGCUAAUCACACGACUUCCUUGGGGCUUGUUGGUGCAAAAAAUUCCCUUCUAACAAAAGAUAUAACGACAAGUAGUAUUUCCAAUCAAGUUGGAGCUAGAACAGUAUCCCUAGGAAAUAACCUACACCUGAAAGGGUACAUUUCAACGAUGAUUACACUACUUUUAUCAAUGUAUUUGGUGUUGGUAUAAAUUGGAGAAACUCAUUGAUGCUCAGACGACUUUGCCGAGCACGUAAUUUAAAAGCACGGUUACCAUGCACAAGUAAUUGCACGUACGAAGCCUGACCAUUGUUUUCGCGUAAUGCACGUCAGGAAAGAUGAUAAAACAAAGAAUUUGGCCGAUUUUCUAGACAAAGACCUGCAUGGUCGACUAUGAUUUGAACCAUGCAGGCUUAAGCCAGUUUACUUUCUACUAGCAAUAAUUUUCGAAGCGGCAUUUUACUUUUGUUUCAUAUAAUAGGCGUUUUAGAUGCAUAUUUAUACUUGUACUGUAUUAAAAUACGCAUACAUUGACGCAUAAAUGCUUCCUCUAUCGAAAGAAAUUAUCUAUACUUCAUUUAUCACUAACAAUUUUGUUCUCAGUCUAUUUUGUUUUGUUCAGCGUAUUCUUCGCUAUUAUUUAUUUGAGUAAAAUUAGAAUUAUACAAGGGCUGAGGAGCCUGAUGUAUAAUUGGGGUUAUAUGAGUGAACGAAGGGAGAAAUAUAACAGAUUAAUGUCAUAUAUUUCGACCAGAGUUCAUGAAAUAUAAUUCAUAUUCAUCAAUAAAGUAUUGUUUUAUUGUCAUUAUUCGAGCCUGCAUGCGUGUUAAACUAGAAUCACCAUAUCUAUAUGGAGGCAACAGAUGAUAUGAUAUAUACUAACCCUAUAAUACCCUGUCCUUGCACACAAAAUAUCCAUAUAUAGGUAGAGCAUAUAAACCCUGGGAACGAGCUUGCAUAUUUCAUAUUAGUUGUAUAGGUAUGCUAGGGUCGAAGUCAGUGCAUGGAUAGUGUUUGUAAUGAUAUAUACAGUAUAUUAUACACUUAAUGUAUGCUCCCGAGGGAAAUAGUAAGUUUUGUUUUCCCAAGAGUCGGAGACUCGAGGGAAAACAAAACUCACUACUUCCCGAGGUGUAGUGAACAUUAAGUGUUUUGUUAUAUAGGAACGAAAACAUAAAUGUUACACAACAAUUUCAUUUAAAAAAGAAAGCCACUUUACUUUGUUAUGACAUGAGCGGGCAACAUUCCCUUGCGGGAAACAUUGCAUUUAUUUAAAGUCAUGUGACUACGAAUGAACCAAUCGCAUUUAAAAUACAAAGCACCUAUAUAACAAAUACAGUUAUUUUAAAGUUCCACGUUCGUCAGCUAUUACCGACUUUGGUUUUGCACAAUGCCUCUCCCAUGCAAGGAGAAUGAAAUUACAUGUUUAAUUUAAUAUUAGCCUGAUAAUCAGGCCCUUAGUUAAGAUGAAAACUACCAGAAAUCCGUCCUUGUGGGAAUUAAUAUAUGCAUGCUAUUAAUGACGGCGACGUCAUAUUGACCAUGUGAAACGGCCUCUGCACGGCGGCUUAUAAGACUAGGACUGCAUGGUUGUUUAGAACAAUAAACCGACAGUGUUUCCACACAAAUUAUUCUUCAAAGAAUUAGACACAAACAUAUUUAUUUUUCCACUUUUCAUCAUGGCGAAUAUACAAA